AUUGAAAUGGCAAACUUCUUGACCGUAUAAAGAUAUUUUAGUUCAUGUCCGUUUUUCUAGAACCAGUCAUAUGUCUAAUCAACUUGUUCAAUGCCCGUACGAUCCAAACCACAGGGUUAUUGCCCAGCGUCUUCCUUAUCACGAGUUAAAAUGUCGCAGAAACUUCAGAGGUCGAGCUGCGUGUAUUGAGAAUUCCCAGACUUAUGCGUAUUCUCUCAAAGAUGAGAGAGAGCGAAAAGAUGAACAGCGUGGGGUGCGUGUGAACGAAAUGGAAGCAAAUGACGAAAACGAGAGCGAACUAAUUACUUUGUCACCAAACAAAUGGCCCUCUUCCGUGUCAGAGGCAGGUCAGUCGUAUGGUGGGCAAAGUAUCAGCAGUGCUUCAUUGUGUUCCUUCAGUAAAGACUCUCUGAGGUGGGAAAAGAAGAAAAUCGAGCGGAACAGGUUCAAACGGGGCCUAGAAAUCACACCAAGACGCUCAUCGCCUGAAUAUGAGUUAUUUAGUGCUCUUACUGAAGCAAUUGAUGAGAAAAUGAAGAAAAAUGAUUUUCCAGCGGAAGACAAUUGUCAAUCUCUUCCUCAGGCAAGGCCAUCGUUCGGUCGAGGCAUGCCUUCUAAAAUAGUCGUCAAUACCUCAGCAUCUCCUAGAAGAACUGCAAAUUCUCGGAGCAGCACUUCAGAAUCUUUUUGGAACUCAAACUCAACAUCUGAGAAAACUACUUUAUCCCCUGGGAUCACCUCCGAGACACCUCAGAACACGUUAGAAAGCCAUGAGAAGACCAGGACAUCUCCUGAGAAGAAAACUUCAGCUCGCAUGAUGUCGCCAGGAAAUACUGCAACACGGAAUACAUUUGAGUGUAUCGAAAAAUCGAAUCCAGCCUUCCAAGAUUCGCUAUCCCCCAUUUCAAAUUCUGUUGCCGAAAAAGUUGACGAGGAUAGAACAACAGCUCUGGAGGCUUUGAAAUUAAUGCAGUCGAUGAGCAUCUCUAAAAGAUAAUUUUUCUGUUCCGACUGCUUUUUUUUCCGACAGGAACUAAGUUGAAAUUUUAUAUUCGGGUCAUUUCGCGCCUUACAGAAACAGUUUUUUUUGUUCUGUUCUUUAUUCUUGGUGCUAUAACAUAAUCUCAAAUAAAAAAUGAAA